CACCGUUCAGGCCCACCUCUUUGGAGUCUAGCUGCCUUCGAGGUGGUUGUCUACAUCCACUGCACAAAACAGGACCACUGGUACGUAGCUGGCAAGGAGAAUGUCUGCCUACAUACCUGGCAACACAUUUCUGUAGGCUGAGCUGUUAAUUGAUAUUCUGAUGUCAACAAUGUCGCUUCGCAUCCUGGUCGCCUCCUUGGAGAAGCAGCACCAAGCUCUGCUGAAGCAGACCACUCUUGCCCUGGAGUACAUAAGGUCCCGUGCACUUGCGUCAGAGCGACUGAACUUCGUACGACCUGCUACGUCUCCCCCUUCCAACUUGGGACACUCUAGGAACUAUGGAUCUUUCGUUGCAGCAGAAGCAGCUUGGGACCAAGAGGAUGUGCAGCCGGAUACGGAGCGCCGCUUUGUAGAUCGGAUACGCGUUAAUGUUGUGGCAGGCGACGGGGGCGCAGGCUGCACAUCAUACCACCGCGGUCGCCUGCAAAGGAAAGGCUUUGCGGAUGGGGGAAACGGGGGAAGGGGCGGCGACGUCAUCUUUGUGGCAUCCAGAAAGGUCUACGAUUUGGGGGGGAUCACGACCACUGUGCGGGGGGAGAAGGGAGGGGCGGGGACGUCGAAGAACCAGGUGGGCAGCCGGGGGCGCGACAAGUUGGUCCUGGUGCCGGUGGGGACGGUGGUGCGCAAGUUUCAGAGACGGGAGCAUGAACCGUCCGAAAUUUCAGCAGCUGUUGCUGAGCUGGCAGACGAUGACUGGAAGACCUGGGAAAAGGACAACGAGGGAGAAAGCCGGCGCGCAGAUCAGGGGGAGGGCUCAAGUGGGGAGGAGGCUGCCCCAGGGGUAACAGGAGAGGCAAGGGAGGGUGGCUUAGUUGAGGGAACAGGAAGCGGAGUCUCUUCCGAAACAGACAGAGGAAGCGAGGGCGCUCCGAGCAGUUUGCAUGGGGAUAGUCCGUCGGGGACCAGCUCGAGCGAUUGUUCAGCAUCAUCAGUAGACCGCGAAACUCAGUCCUUUGCUGAUGUGAACGGGAGGUACAGCGCGAACUUCGAAAAUGCCGAAAGACAGAAUGUUUUGGAUAGGGACAGAAGAGGAGUGCCGCCGGAUCCUGCUUUAUCAACCAGCAAAGAACACGAUACUUCUCCUGCCAAAAAAGGCUCUGGUUCUCAUCUAAAAGGUCCUGUGAUUGCGGACCUCACAGAAGAGGGCCAUAGGUUAGUCGCCGCGGUGGGAGGGUGUGGGGGCCGGGGCAAUGCGGCUACGGGGCGGAAGGGCGAGAAGCCGUGGUUCAAGCGGAAGGUGGGGCAGCUGCAGAUCAACGAGCACGAGACGGGGGAGCAUGGGCAGCGCAUGUGGCUGGAGCUGGAAUUGAAGAUGCUGGCAGACGUGGGCCUGGUGGGCAUGCCGAACGCAGGCAAGAGCACCCUGCUCGCAGCACUGUCACCGGCAAGGCCCGCAGUAGGAUCAUACGCCUUCACCACGCUCCGGCCCCACAUAGGCACGGUCGAAUGUGACCAGUGGUUUGCAUACACGAUCGCCGACAUCCCGGGGCUCAUCGAGGGCGCCCACGCGAACCGCGGCCUGGGCCACAACUUUCUGCGGCACGUGGAGCGGACGCGCGUGCUGGCGUACGUGCUGGACAUGGCCGGGGGUUGGAUCAAGGCGGUGGGGCGGGCGGGGGCCAGCAAGCCCAACCCGAAAAGACCCUGGGAACAGCUCGACGAUCUGGUGUCCGAGCUGGAACAUUAUGAGGAGGGCUUGUCGAAGCGACCGUCCAUCGUGAUUGCCAACAAGAUGGACGAGUCGGGCGCGGUUGAGGCUCUCGAGGAGCUCCGUGCGCGCACACCCUUGCCGGUCUUUCCGACGUGUGCGGUCCUUGGAGAGGGCACGGAGGACCUGAAAAGGGUGCUCGAGCAGAUUGUGACGGAUCAUAACGGGGGCGGCUAACUGUUUACGAAUGUAGGAUAAGAGUUGUACCUAUCGAGCAAAUAAGCUCAUGGCGCGUUGUCGAAGGACAGAAGCUAACAUUGAGAUCAAAGAACGCGCCGCGAUCCGGCUACGAGAUAAAAUUGCAACCGCUCCCAAAGCUGAUAGCAAAUGCAACUCGAGUCAAAUUGCUCUAGUGGAGCUACCCUUGAUCAAGUAGGCACCUCCGACAGUCAGUGCGAUAUAAACUGGGACGAGGGAAAAGUCCAGAAUUAGCACUCAAAUCGUGG